AUGGCUUCUGGAGCUCUUCCUCAGACUCUCAAGUCCAUCACCGCGGUCAAGAUCAAUGAGCUAUCCAAGCAGCGUGCGCUCUUCGACCAGCGAAAGGCUGAGAUUUUGGCAGCCGCAGAGGCGGCACCAGACCUCCGCACGCGCGCCCGCGCUCUACUAGACGGCCUUUCCCGUUUAAAAGGGUACCCUUUGGACUCGCUCGACCGCGAUGACAUGGAUUUGGACAUCGCUCUGUCCGAAGAGGAAUCUGGAUCCGAGAGUGAUGAAGUCACAACUCCAGGAAUGGGUCAGCUACUCCAAGCAGAUCACACCAACAUUCGACGCUUCUUCUUACAAGGCCGUUAUGAUCCCUCCAUCUCCGAAUCGCUCCUGAGGGAAUGGAUCGCACAACUUGAGGCGGAUCUGCAUUUCCUGGAGCUCAAGCACGAUCACGCUUCCUUUUUCAGUAAGCUCGUCACCGAAUGGCUAUCUCACCUGGACGACUCCACGGUCAGUGAGAAGCCUGAGGCGGGCGAUUCCACCUCGGCCUCGUCUCAGAUUGCUUCCGAGAACGUGGGACGAGCCGAGAUGCAUGAGCAGCGUGCUCAAUGGGAGUCGCUGGUGUUUGAAGCCGAUUCCAAAGUGGAUGAGGCGUCUAUCAAAGCUUAUCUCGACAAGCUAUUUCUCAAGAAUGCUCUGUCGCGUCAGGCCCUGAAAGAGCUCCGUGAGAAUGUGCAAAGAUUUGCCGCCGAAAUGACGACUGCGGGAGAGUGGUUGACUGUGGAUGAUCUUCGCUGGGUAUCCAAGGCUGUGCUGAAGGCGGAUCAACUGACUCCAGCGAAGACAAGCAUUCUGAAGGAAUUCAUGCGCAACGAAGAUGUCUUGCAGGAGGUGGCCGACGUUCUGAAUAUGCGUCUCGCCUCCCUGGACACCUGGUCUUGGGGCGAAGAAGGCAUUCCCGUGGAAAUGCGUCGUCAACUCAAUGGUAAAUACCGCGUCUUCAUGGAUGCGGAGCUCUUAGACAGCUUGCUACUCCAGUUCCUGGGAACAAAAUGGGCUGUGGAAUUGCGGCAGGUGUUUGAGUCCUUCCACAGGUCUCACGCUUGGACGUCGGUAGACAAGCCAGUUUCCAAGGGGCAUCUCGAGAGACGCAAAUACUUCCUUGGGCACGAUUCCAGUGCUCCCAUGAGCAUCAGCGAUCUUCGUAGGAGUAUAUAUGACGCGGAGUACUUUAUGACCCAACUGCCUGAAUCCAUCACCGAAGGCUCUCGGAGCUACGAUGACAAUGCGGAAGUGAAGAACGCGCUGGACUUGAAACAUUCUCUUCUACAUAUGCUCAUCACGGAAUCCUUGUUCCAGAAAGAUCGAUAUGGACAAUUCACCGCCAUCCGGUCCGACUAUCAGUGGUUCGGACCGUCCUUGCCCCAUGUCACCAUCCUUACAGUGCUGAAGUACUUUGGCGUCCCCGAUACCUGGUUGAGUUUCUUCAAGGUGUAUCUGGAGGCUCCUCUCAAGUUCAUCCACGAUGGUCCAGCUGCAAGUCCUCGAAGCCGAAAACGUGGCGUUCCAAUGAGCCAGACACUUUCCGAUGUCUUUGGAGAAUCGGUCCUCUUCUGCAUGGACUAUGCCGUCAAUCAGCACACAGAGGGCGGCAUCUUGUAUCGACUCCACGAUGACUUUUGGUUUUGGGGUGCAGAGGAAACCUGCGAGGCCGCUUGGGUGUCCAUGACUCAGUACGCUCGAGUGAUGGGCUUGCAGUUCAACAUGGAAAAGACAGGGACUGUGCGGAUGGGAGCGAUCAAACCUCAACAAGAGUCUGCUCUUCCGGUCGGGGACAUUCGCUGGGGGUUCUUGGUUCUCGAUGCCGAGCAAGGCAGAUUUGUCAUCGACCAGGCACAGGUGGACUUGCACAUUGAGGAGCUGGACCGACAGCUGUCCGCUUGCAAUUCUGUGUUCACAUGGGUGGAAGCGUGGAAUGGAUACUUUGGACGGUUCUUCACCAACAAUUUUGCCCGACCGGCAAUGUGCUUCGGCCGCGAUCAUAUCGAUAUCACCGUUUCAACGCUCAGUCGGAUUGAGCGCACCCUCUUUACCAAGUAUGCCACGCAGACCGCCUCGACAGGGGAGAUUGGUGUCACUGGGUACCUACGGUCAGUCAUCUCGGAGAGAUUUGGGGUUGAAAAUCUCCCCGAAGGAUUCUUUUACUAUCCGGUCGAGCUGGGGGGUCUUGGCCUGCUGAAUCCGUACAUUCGACUCCUCGCGAUGCGAGAAAACAUCAAACAGACACCGCAGAGACUCCUCAAGAAGGCUACGAUCGCGGAAGAAAUGGAAUACCGGGUCUGCAAAGAACGUUUCGAGAAGCUUGGGCCGCGAUCUUCGAAGACGAUGAAGGACGAAGAUGGCCAGCCGGCCUCCUUUAUAUCCUUUGAAGAGUACAUGCAGUAUGCCGAGCGGUACAGCACACACUUUAUGAAUGCAUACCGGGAAUUGUGCAGGGUACCGGAAGAGAAAGGCAUUGCUGCGACGGCCAGUUUCAUCAAGAACCAGGCGGGACUCAAGCCCGGCAAGUCGGACGCGAUCUCGACAACUUGGAAGACCAUGACUCCCUAUUGGCGCUGGGUGGCGGAGCUGUACCAUGACGAGAUGGUACGCACUUAUGGAAGUCUGGCAGCGGUCAAUCGGGAACUGAUGCCCCUGGGAGUGGUGAAGACCUUGAAGGAAGGCCGUUUCAGGUGGCAAGGGUAA